AUGUCUAAUAGACUCUUUUACUUUCUUCUUCUUCCGCUGGUGGCUAUUGCAGUCCCGUCAGUACACAAUUGUCGGUGUCUUCCCAAUCAGAGCUGUUGGCCCUCAGACCAUGAGUGGGCGGCACUGAACAACACCCUCCAAGGCAACCUAGUUGCCGUGCGACCGGUAGCAGCAGUCUGCCACGAGGGUGAUUUCGACGCGACGGCCUGCAGCGCCGUCCAGGCGCAAUGGGCCAAUUCCACCUGGCGGGCCAGCGAACCUGGUGCGGUGCAAUGGGAAAAUUGGGAAGCCUGGCCGGAGCGCGAUCAGAGCUGCUAUGACACGACACCGCAGAACGAAGAGUGCGGCCAGGGUCGCAUCUCGCUGUACUCGGCAAUAGUCCAGACAACCAACCAGAUCCAGCGGGCUGUGCAAUUCGCCAGCAGACAUAAUCUUCGUCUCGCCAUCAAAAACUCUGGCCAUGACUUUUUGGGCCGUUCGACUGCCCCGGAGUCACUGCAGAUCCUGACCUUCAACAUGAAAGAUAUCCAGAUGGUCGACAACUUUGUGCCAAAAGGCGCACCGAAGAAUAAAGGUGAAGGUCAGGCCGUCACCAUGGCUGCUGGUGUGAACCUGCCGGAGCUCUAUGCCUUUGUGGCGCAGCAUAACCGGACGGCGAUUGGAGGAUCCGCGCACACUGUUGGCGCUGCCGGUGGAUAUAUUCAAGGGGGAGGACAUUCGCCCUUUGGCGCUUGGAAGGGGAUGGCCUCGGAUAAUGCGCUCGAGUUCGAAGUGGUGACGGCCAGCGGCGACCUCGUCACCGCCAAUGACUUCCAGAACUCCGACCUCUUCUGGGCUCUGCGCGGUGGAGGUGGUGGAACAUUUGGCGUGGUGACCAGCGUCACUGUUCGCACGUUUCCGGAGGUGCCCGUGGUGGCCAGCAAUCUCAACAUCUCGACGGCCAUAGGCGAUCCCAAUUUCUGGGAGGCAUUCAGUCAGUACCAUGCCGCCCUUCCAGCCCUGAAUGGUGCCGGCGGCUCAGGAUAUUACUUCACGUUGCCAAAUUACCCAGUGUCCGCAGACAUGAGUCUCUCCGCCAUGAUGAUCCUGCUUCUGUUCCCAGAGCACAGUAACGCGAGUGAGAUCGACCAGCUUUAUGCUCCAUUGCGCUCGAAGCUGGAACAAAUCCCCGGGGUCAUGACGCAGUAUGAGACCGAAGUCUUUCCGAGUAUUUACUCCACCAUUUCCACUCUGCUCCUGGGCGGAUCUCAAUCGGACAGCACAGGCGGGAUAUCCAUGCUUGGGUCGCGACUGUAUUCGAGAGAACUUCUUGAAUCGGCAGAUGGCCCCGAUCGACUCACUGACGCCUGGCGCAGCAUCAAGAUGGGUCCUUAUGACCAGAUUACCAGCCAUGUGGUGGCCGGUGGCGCUGCUGCGUCGAACGGAGACAAGAUUGACAGCGCUCUCAAUCCCGCUUGGCGAAAGACCAUCACCCACAUGCUUUUCUCUCGCAGUUGGUCGGUCAAUGCCACGCUGGCACAACAAACAGCAGUCAUCAAGAACAUGACCGACGUAGAGAUUCCGAUUUUGCGAUCCGUCGAGGGGGAGGACAACAUGGGCGCGUAUCUGAACGAGGCGAAUGCCUAUGAGCCGGGGUUCCAGGCUUCGUUCUGGGGCGAGCAUUAUCCACGUCUGUACUACCUUAAGCAGAAGUGGGACCCGGCUGGAUUGUUCAUCUCGCGCAAAGGAGUCGGUAGUGAGGACUGGGAUGAUGCGGGUCUGUGUCGGACAGGAGGGAAGAGGACACACUAG